UAUUUUUUCAUGGUAAGAGAAAAAAUUGCAGAGUGGGGUUGAAACGAGAAAAUCUUGCAAAGGAGAUUCGAAAUGCAGUUAUUGCCCACACCUCACGACCUCCAUGCCUACACGACUAGUCAACUCAAGCAAGCCCUGUACUUUUACCUGUACGGACAAUGAGAAGCGACGUCGUUUUGAUUUUUCAUUCCCUCCUUCCACCACUCUCAGUCAUCAACCAAACAUGCCAACCCCAUUUCCAUUUUCUGCUUGUAACAAACUCUCAACAAUCAAACGCUUACUGUGUUGUGCAUGUUUGCUUCAAAUGGAAGAAGCACUUAGCGCCAAUCAAAGGUUGCAUUUGUGAGUAGAAGAUGUCCCGCCCAUUAUCAUCAUCGGCAAAUGUUGGAGAAGUGAUAGAUUUUAAGUGGGGCAAGAAGAGGGGUGUUGGUGUGAAGAACAAGGACACUCAUUACUACGAGUCCUUCGUUUACGAGGGUGUCGAGUAUUUUCUAUAUGAUUGUGUCUACUUGUUCUCUACAGACCAUGUUGAAACUAGCAUUGGCAAGCUUAUCAAGAUAUACGAGAGACCUACUCGUGAAAAGAUGAUCAAAGUUGUUUGGUUUUUCCGGCCCAUGGAAAUUCGUAACUUUCUGGGAAAUUAUCAGCCCUGUUGGAAUGAGUUGUUUUUGGCAUCGGGAGAGGAUAAAGGUCUUUCCGAUGUCAACUACCUGGAAUCAAUUAUUGGAAAAUGCAAUGUUGUUUGCACUUCAAAGGACAAGAGAAAUCCCAAGCCAUCAGAAACGGAGUUAAACAAGGCAGACUACUUUUUCAGUUGCACGUUUGAUGUUGGAAGACGUGUAAUCAUUGAUAAAUUUACUAAUGAGAUUGAUGGUGUUAAAGGUCAUUAUCCUUGUCUUAGUUAAAACUAAACUAUUCACGUCACAUAUUGAACUAUUUGGCUUAUUGAUCUGGAACAAUUACUGAUCUUUUAUAAUACAGCAACCUGUAGGCAACUUAAACUAGCUUUAGCACUCACCUUAGCCCACUGUAUUACUGUUCUGCAGUGGAGCAGUUCUUUAACAAGAGAAGGAUUGAUCAAACCAGUAACCAUCUACAUUUUGGGACAGAUAUUAGACCCAAAAUUGUGACUAAGACUUGUCCUAUCUCACAUUGUCAAGUUAACGAUAAAGCUGAAAGGAGAACUUCUGAGAAUAAUUCUCUAAAGCAAUUAUCAGAUUCCUUUCCAUAUAAAAAGAGGAAGAUUACAGAAGAGAAACCAAACAUUGGUCAAAGUAGCAAAACCUUUAAGGAAGAAAAAAUUGAUGAGAAGAAGGUAGAAAUCAAACAGGACGAAAAACUCAACGCAGACAAAAGGGUUAUUGAUGUAAUUGAAAGGCCAGAUGCAGUAAGUUCAUAAAAUUUCAUGUCAGGUGUUACUUAUUUUAAGUCGACAAGUGAUCCUAGAUGAAGUGAAAGAAUCAGUCCGUUACAAUUUAUUGGUCUCUCGUGAAAAUUAACUUUUAUGAUGUGAAGCUUGUUUUCCGUUCUAUUCAUUGACUACAAUGAUAAGAGUCCUUAAAAUGUACAAUAUUGCUAUAAAUUAUUUAACUUGAGAUCAGCAAAAUAAAGAGAUUGAGAACCUUGGGAGCACGUAUUCAUAUAUGUAAUCUUUA